AUGGCAAGAGUAUCUCCCCGUUUGAUGCAUUUGGUUCUUAUUAUCAUUCUAUUUUCAGUUAGUCAUGCCAAAAGUAAUUUAUCCUCCCAAGCUCUGACCCUUUUAAGAAUUCAGCGGCUUCUAAACCUUCCUGCUGUUUUGAGUAGAUCAAAUAACUACACAAAUUUGUGUGACAUCGAACCAAGUUUGUCUUUGACCAUCAUAUGCUAUGAAGAAAAAAUAACUCAGCUGCAUAUAAUUGGUGAAAAAUCUGCUCAUUUGCCUCGAAACUUUUCAAUGGAUUUGUUCGUAACGACACUUGUCAGACUUCCUAGCUUGAAGGUCCUCACAUUGGUCUCUCUUGGUUUAUGGGGACCUUUACCUGGUAAAAUCUCAGAAUUAUCAUCACUGGAAAUACUUAAUGUGACUUCAAAUUUCCUUUAUGGUGUCAUCCCUCAAGAGCUUUCAUCUCUAUCAAGCCUGCAAACGCUUAUACUUGAUGAUAACAUGUUUUCUGGACCACUUCAAGAUUGGAUGAGUUCAUUCCCUCUUCUGGCUGUUUUUAGUGCAAAGAAGAAUCUGUUGAAUGCAUCUUUGCCCAACUCAUUGAGUCGUUUGGAAAAUCUAAGAGUUCUUGGGCUAUCUCAUAACCACUUCUUUGGGGAAGUUCCUGAUCUUAGUGCCUUGACAAACCUUCAAGUUCUUGAAUUGGCAGAUAAUGCUUUUGGUCCUCAGUUUCCUAAACUUGGCAAGAAAUUGGUAACCCUAGUACUGAGUAAAAACAAAUUUAGGUCUGGCAUCCCUGCUGAAGCGAGCUCAUAUUAUCAGUUAGAACGGCUUGAUCUUUCUUUCAAUAUGUUUGUCGGGCCAUUUCCACCAUCAUUGCUAUCUCUUCCUUCCAUUACGUAUCUGAAUGUCUCACGAAACAAAUUCACAGGAAUGCUUUCUGAAAAUUUGUCUUGCAAUGCUGAGCUUCACUCUGUCGAUUUGUCCUCAAAUCUGUUGUCUGGAAGCUUACCUACGUGUCUUCUGUCAGAUUCUAAGGACAGUGUUAUGCUGUAUGAUAGGAAUUGUUUAUCUAUUGGAAAUCAAAAUCAACAUCCACUUCCGUUUUGCCGCAAUGAAGCAUUAGCUGUUGGAAUCAUCCCUGACAGAAGCAAGCAACAAAGAGCUUCUAAAUCGGUUCGUGCAUCGGUUAUAACUGCAGGGAUUUUCGGAGGGGUUGUACUUAUCGGCCUUAUUUUCCUUGUAUAUAGAAGAAUGAAUACUAAGAAGACAAUGAAGAAGUCUCCAACAAGAUCAAUAACCGAAAAUGCGUCGGCUGGAUAUACCUCAAAGUUACUAUCAGAUGCAAGAUAUAUAUCGCAAACAAUGAAGCUGGGAGCUCUUGGUCUACCAAGCUAUCGAACGUUUUCGUUGGAUGAACUUGAGGAGGCAACAAACAACUUUGAUACAUCUACAUUCAUGGGUGAAGGAUCGCAUGGACAGAUGUACAGAGGGCAGUUAAAGGAUGGUUCUUUUGUUGCCAUCAGAUGCUUAAAACUGAAAACAAGUCACAGCAGUCAACAUUUCAUGCACCAUAUAGAGCACAUUUUGAAACUAAGGCAUCGUAAUUUGGUCAGUGCUCUAGGACACUGCUUGGAGUGUUACUUGGAUGAUUAUAGUGUCAGCAGAAUAUUUCUUGUUUUCGAAUAUGUACCAAAUGGCACACUAAGAAGCUGGAUCUCUGAGGGACAUCACAGACGAUCACUUACUUGGACUCAACGCAUCUCAGCUGCAAUAGGCAUAGCAAACGGCAUUCAGUUUUUGCAGACAGGGAUCAUCCCUGGUGUAUAUUCAAAUAAACUUAAAAUAACAGAUAUUUUAUUGGAUCAGAAUCUUGUUGCAAAGAUUAGCAGUUAUAACCUUCCGCUCCUGGAAGUAAAUAUUGAGCAGGUUGGUCAAGGAGUUUCUUCAGGUGGAUCCACAAGUUCUCACGUUGUUGCAAGGAUGAAACAUGAUGAUGCGACUGUUGUUCACGAUUUUGGAGUAAUAUUGCUGGAAAUGAUCAAGGGGAGACCAGUCAAGUGCACGACUCAAGUGGGAGUUUUGAAAGAUCAGCUACAAGUGGUUAUUGCAGCUGAUGACGCAGCUCGAAGAAGCAUGGUUGAUCCAGGAGUUAAGCAGACAUGCUUGGAUCAAUCAUUGAAGACAAUGAUGGAAAUUUGUGUCAGGUGUCUGCAUAACGAGCCAGCAGAUAGACCUUCUUUCGAUGAUGUUCUGUGGAACUUGCAGUAUGCUGCUCAGGUUCAGGAUGCAUGGCAGCAGGGAGAAUGCCUGAGCAGUGAUGGGUCUCCAGUUUCACCUUCACAAUCUCCACGCCUCACCUUUUAGUAUGUAUCAAGUUACAGGUCCCAUUAUCAUGUUUCUGGUAAUCAUAUAUAUGCACCUCACUUAUUUAGCUCCUUGUGGAACUGAUUAACAUAUACCUCUAAUUUUUAAAAGUAUAAUUCGGGUAUCGUUUGGCCACU